GAGGGAAGAACCUGGAAAACAGGACACAAGUAUCUUUGAAGUUAUUUAGGCAAAAUGAAGCUGACUCUGGUGCAGAUCUUUUUCAUAAUGUUGCUGCUCCUGCUGGGCCUGGGGGUAGGCCUGGGGUUGGGACUUCAGAUGGCCGCAGCAGUCCUGGAGGAAAGUGAUCAGCUACUGAAUGAGUUUCAGUCCAGUGACUCACAGGACAAGGCUGAAACCACUAGGGAGGGAGCGGGCACCCGAAGCAUAGAAACCCUUAGCAACAAAGAAGUGGUGCAACUGGAAGAGACCAUCGUCAGUGAAGAUGAAGUUGGAGGAAACAAAAUGCUCAGAGCUGAGACUCUCUUUCAGAGCAACAAAGGCUAUCUGAGGUCUGACCUGAUGGACAGGGAAUGCAAUGCCCUGAUGGCACAGAAGAUGAAGCCGCACAACCACACAUGCAUACCCCGGUACAUAUUCAUCCAUGAGGAACCAGAGGCAGUCAAAGCUGUCUGUAAGAGUCCUGUUGUUGCCUGUGACCUCAAGGGAAGCAAGUGUCACAAGAGCUCCCGUCCUUUUGAUUUGACAUUCUGCAAGUUAUCCAAACCAGGCCAAGUCACUCCUCACUGUAAUUACGUAACUUUCAUUCUUGAAAAGUACAUUUUUAUAUCCUGUAGUGACAUGAAAGUCCAGGUAACAUCUGGACCAUGAAGUAAGUUCUCUUCUGCAUCUUCUCAUCUUUGUCUUCCUUUCCACUUUCUCUUUUUCAUGCUGUUUUCGUCCUUAGGUAUUCUGC